CGGACGGCAAGAUGCCUCCGCUCACGCAGCACCCCGACAUGGACAACCCGUUCGCAGAUCGCGCCGAUGAGGGGCCCAGUCAUUUGCAGCGCAACAAGUCCGAGCGCAGACGGCUGCAGCCACUCCAGCGGACCAACACCAUCGGCGCGGUUCCGCCCGCUCCUUACAAGCCUGAGACUAUGAUGGACAGAUGGCACGUUUGGAUGAUCAACGAAGGAGGAAAGAGGCUCUUCUUCUUCUUCUUCAUUUUCCUCCACAUCUUGGUCGUCACCUUCGGACUGCUGUACUACAGCCUCAGUGAUGACUUGACGGGCGCACGGGCCACCUUUGGUGUUACAUAUCCAAUCGCUCGUGGUGCUGCACUCACCCUCCAUGUCGAAGUCGCCUUCAUCCUGCUCCCCAUCUGCCGGAAUUUCAUCUCGCUGCUCCGCCGCACGCCGCUCAACUACUAUAUUCCCUUCGACAAGAACAUCACCUUCCACAAGGCCAUGGGAUGGGGCAUCUGCUUCUUCUCCUUCGUGCACAUUGCCGCUCACAUGAUCAACUUUGCUCGCCUCGGCUUCGCCCUUUCUGACUCGCCCAAGGAGCGUUUCAUCAUCUGGCUGCUCGCAAACUUCACGACCGGUCCAGGCGUUACUGGCUGGAUCAUGACGGCCGCGCUUGGCAUCAUGGUAUGGUAUGCGAUGGAGAAGCGGCGCCGUGCCAACUUUGAGCGGUUCUGGUACUCGCACCAUUUGUUCAUCGUCUUCUUCCUCAACUGGCAGCUGCAUGGCAUGUUCUGCAUGAUCCAGCCCGACCGCGAGCCGUUCUGCUCCUGGAACACCAUCGGACUCUUUUGGCGGUUCUGGCUCACCGGCGGGGUGAUCUUCAUCUUCGAGCGUAUCUUGCGUGAAGUGCGUUCUCGCCACCGGACCUACAUCUCGAAGGUCAUCCAGCACCCGUCGAACGUGCUGGAACUGCAAAUCAAGAAGGAGAAGACGACGACGCGCGCAGGCCAGUACAUCUUCCUCUCCUGCCCAGAGAUCUCGUACUUCCAGUGGCACCCCUUCACUCUCACGAGCGCACCGGAGGAAGACUACAUCUCCGUGCACAUCCGUGUUGUCGGCGACUUCACACGCGCGCUUGCGGAGGCUGUUGGCUGCGACUUUGACUCCAAGGGAAGGGGCACCGAGAACGGCGGCAAGCUUAUCGGCACGGCGGCCAACCCGCCUGUCAACCGCGUCCUGCCGCGCGUCAUGGUCGAUGGUCCGUUCGGCAGUGCCAGCGAGGACUUCCUCAACUACGAGACAGUUCUGCUGGUCGGUGCUGGUAUCGGUGUGACUCCGUUCGCUUCGAUUUUGAAGUCUGUUUGGUACCGUAUGAACAACCUUGACAAGUCGAAGCCUACGCGUCUCUCGAAGGUCUACUUCACCUGGGUGAUCCGCGAUUUCGGCAGUGCGGAAUGGUUCCACUCACUCUUGCAGGCCAUCGAGGAGCAGGACACGCAGAACAGGAUCGAGAUCAACAUUUAUUUAACCGCGAAGAUUAAGGAGGAUGACAUGAACAACAUCAUCGUACAAGACGUGGGCGCCGAGAAGGACGCGAUCACGUCCCUCCGGGCGCCGACGCACUACGGCCGGCCCAACUGGGACAGGGUGUUCAGCUCUGUCGCCGAAAAGCACCCGGAGACGGAUGUUGGCGUGUUCUUCUGCGGGCCUGCGGUGCUCUCGAAGCAGCUUCACGUCUGUUGCAACAAGUACUCGACGCCGGACGGCACCAAGUUCUUCUUCGGCAAAGAGAAUUUCUGAUACCUUUCCGAACUCACCGCGCCUGCGUGGUGCUCGAUGCUCUCAUUUAUGGACUGUAGUUGGCUGCUGUGUGUCACUCCCUGUAUCGCUACUUCGUGUCAGUGAGCAUCAUACGGGCGUGUGCCCACGUUUUGUUUUUUCAUACUCCGGGAUGUUUAGCCGUUAGUGCGCGGAUGGUUGCUCUGCUGCAAUACAGAUAUAUUAUUAGCAGGCCUAGUACUGUUUGG